AAUGAUUGGUGACGGUUGGUGACGGCGUAGACCCGGCUUCAACUCCUAGACCAGAUCUUAGAAGUUAAGAGUUCUGCCCAUGGGAUGCGCAGCCCCUGAGCGCUGGAGGAGCAGGGUCCAGCAGCAGGGCUGUCUGGCUCUCGGGGGUGGAGCUGAGCCGCAGUUGGCCGAGUCCUGGUCCCUUGGUUCCGCCUCCUUGUCCUAGGCCCAGCCAGCUGAGUGGGAUCCCCGCUGGCCCGGGUCCUCUUUUCCCUGACCGAGGGCUGCCAUGCUCCGUGGCGUCCGUAGCCUCCUGGGCCGCUGCAUCCCGCAGCUCCUGGAGGGGCCGGGGCUGGACUUCGCCGCAGGAACCUGCAGAGGUUGCUACAGGCACCCCAGCUUUAAGCAACCACCACCCUGAUCAGUCAGCAGCCAUCAACAUAGAGGAAAAACCUCCACCAAAACAAAAAAAACAAAACAACUCGAUGAAGGCUUAGAUGAUAGAAUUUUUGGCAAUAAAUUAUUUUAAAUUAAGGGGCACACCAGCAAGUGGUCCUGUUGCUAUGGCCACUGGAGCAAAGGAUAAUCGACAAAGCCAUAACCAGACCCAGCUUCAGGUGCCCAACCGACUGAUCCAUGAGAAGUCACCUUACUUACUACAACAUGCCUACAACCCUGUGGAUUGGUUCCCAUGGGGACAAGAAGCUUUCGACAAAGCCAAGAAUGAAAACAAACCAAUUUUUCUUUCAGUUGGCUAUUCAACUUGUCACUGGUGUCAUGUGAUGGAGGAAGAAUCAUUUCGGAAUAAGGAGAUUGGAGAGAUACUCAGCGAGGACUUUGUGAGUGUGAAGGUAGAUCGAGAAGAGCAUCCUGAUGUGGACAAAGUGUACAUGACCUUUGUACAGGCCACCAGCAGUGGUGGGGGCUGGCCCAUGAAUGUGUGGCUGACCCCUGAUCUCCAACCAUUUGUGGGGGGGACAUAUUUCCCCCCUGAGGAUGGACUAACACGUGUUGGUUUCCGAACUGUCCUUCUGAGAAUCCGUGAUCAGUGGAAACAAAACAAAGCAAUGCUAUUAGAAAAUAGUCAACGGGUCACAGCCUCCCUGUUGGCCAGGUCUGAAAUCACUGUGGGUGAUCGAGAGCUACCCCCUACUGCCUCAGCAGUCAGCAAACGGUGUUUUCAGCAGUUAGAAGAGGUCUAUGAUGAAGAGCACGGCGGUUUUGCAGAGGCCCCUAAAUUCCCCACACCUGUGAUCUUAAGCUUCCUGUUCUCCUAUUGGGCCGCUCAUCGAAUGACCUCUGAGGGUUUUCGGGCCCAGCAAAUGGCCAUGCACUCACUGAAGAUGAUGGCGAACGGGGGCAUCCGGGACCAUGUGGGACAGGGAUUUCACCGCUAUUCCACUGACCGUCAGUGGCACAUCCCUCACUUUGAGAAGAUGCUCUAUGACCAGGCCCAGCUGGCAGUAGCCUAUACACAGGCCUUUCAGGUCUCCGGAGAUGAAUUAUUUUCCGAUGUUGCCAAAGGCAUCCUACAGUAUGUAAGCCAGAACUUGAGCCACCCAUCUGGAGGCUUCUAUAGUGCAGAAGAUGCAGAUUCUGUGCCUGAGGGAGAGGUGAAGCCCAAAGAAGGAGCCUAUUACCUAUGGACUGUGAAUGAAAUCAAAGACUUACUUCCAGAACCUGUGGAAGGUGCUACCGAGCCACUGAGUCUCGGUCAACUCUUCAUGAAACAUUAUGGGGUUACAGAGACAGGCAACAUCGGAAGCACUCAGGACCCCCAAGGAGAACUGCAGGGCCAGAAUGUGCUGACAGUGAGGUACUCAAUGGACCUUACUGCUGCUCGCUUUGGCUUGGAAGCAGAGACUGUGCGGAAGCUUCUAGAUACUGGGCGUGAGAAACUCGUACAGAUCCGAAAACGUCGAUCUCGGCCCCGACUGGACAUCAAGAUGCUUGCUGCCUGGAAUGGAAUGAUGGUGUCUGGCUAUGCAAUAGCAGGGGCUGUCCUGGGCAAAGAGGAGCUGAUCAACCAGGCAAUUGAUGGGGCCAAGUUUUUGAAGAGGCACCUGUUUGAUGUCAGUAGUGGGAGACUUUUUCGGGGAUGCUACGCAACCAUUGGGGGAACUGUGGAGCAGAGUUCCUCACAGUUCUGGGGCUUUCUAGAAGACUAUGCCUUCGUGAUCCGGGGUUUGUUGGACUUGUAUGAAGCUUCUGGGGAAUCUGCGUGGCUGGAAUGGGCACUGAGGUUGCAGGAUAUGCAGGAUAAGCUCUUCUGGGACACCCAAGGCGGCGGCUAUUUCUGCAGCGAGGCUGAACUGGGAGGCAACCUCCCUCUUCGGCUUAAAGAUGAUCAGGAUGGCUCAGAGCCCAGUGCUAACUCGGUGUCUGCCCACAACCUACUGCGGAUUCAUGCUUACACUGGCCGAAGGGAUUGGAUGGACAAGUGUGUCAAACUGCUGACCGCCUUUUCUGAUAGGCUUCGGAGGGUCCCCGUGGCAUUGCCGGAGAUGGUCCGGGCCCUGUGCAUCCAACAGCAGACAAUAAAGCAGAUUGUCAUCUGCGGGAGCCCCCAGGGUCAAGACACCAAGGCUUUGAUCGACUGUGUCCAUUCAAUCUAUGUGCCCAACAAAGUACUAAUCCUCUAUGAUGGAGAGCCUUCCAGCUUCCUUGCCCGGCAGUUGCCAUUCCUGGUCAGGCUUCAAAAGGUAGACAGCCAGGCCACAGCUUACGUAUGUGAAAAUCAGGCUUAUUCCUUGCCUGUCACAGAACCUGCUGAACUCCGAAAACUAUUGCUCCUGUGACUGACUGAUCCUUGAUCGUGGGCCUCUGGGGCUCUAGGAGGAGUCUAUGAGCAUCCAGUCUAUAGAUGAACCCGGAAGGAGGGGGUAGUCAAAAGUGGGGCACUGACUCAACAGGAGCCCUGCAUCAUCUAUUAACCCAUGAUAACCUCACAGGGUCAUGGGCAAUUCUCCCUCCUGAUCCCCCCCUAUCCUGUUGACCCUCCGGUGACCCCAUGAACUCUAUGGAAUAAACCCCUGGGCCCAAACAC